AUGCCGCGAGCGGCUCCAACAAAAAUAGCCUGUGGAUUAUGCCAUGAGCGAAGAGUGAAAUGCGACCGAACCAGUUAUUCCCCUUGUACGCAGUGCCAGAUUGCACGGAUUCCUUGUGAACUCAUCGCCUCGCGUCGCGGAAGACACCGAAAGCUGCCACUUCCAGAUGUUCCCCGACCAGCGCCUUCCUCCCAGUUUAUCACAGCCAGUCAAGCGACCGAGGCAUGCGCGACAAAUGCGGUCGCGCGGAGUGAGGAGGAAAGUCAACACAAGCAAACUGAAAUACCAUCUCUGCUACCGACAAGAGUUGGAGAGAAAAUCCCGUACAUGGUUGAUUCGUCAAACAUAAACUACCUUAUUCGAGAAUUUGGUCACCCUUCACGACUUCUCACGGAUGCAGGCUCCCAGUCGAUAGAAGAGUAUCUUCACGAGGCAUUGACGGGACGAUUAGACCAGACUACAGUCCACAGUAUUAAAAGUCGGCGAUUUGGGCUAAUUGAUCGGCUUAGAGAUCAGGGGGCAUUUGAUGUACCGGCCGAAGGGAUCAGAGCUGCAUUGCUCGAGACAUUUUUCCAGACAUCCUUUUCUUACUUCCCAAUCUUAGAUCGGUCAGAUUUCACGAAGAGGGCCAACGAAGGCCCAGCAUCUCAUUUGCUGUUGAAUGCAAUCUUUAUGGUUGCAACAAUAUAUUGUGCUGACUCUCUUGUCACCGAAGCUGGCUUUGAUUCUCGUUUCACUGCAAGUCUCACCUUUUAUCACCGAGCAAAAGAUAUUUAUGAUGCAGGCUAUGAAACUGAUGUGAUCACGGUCAUACAAUCUACGUUCCUUCUGUCUCAUUGGUGGAGUGGCCCGCUUGAACAGAAAGACCCCUGGUACUGGCUAGGUAUCGCAAUCAGUCGACUAAUUUAUUAUAGCAAAAAGUACGCCUGCCUCCACUCUCGUGACAGGAAAGUCUGGAGAAGGUUAUGGUGGAUCAUCUACGUGUGUUCAAAAAUUCAGCAUGAACAGAUCUCCAACUGA